AUGCCCUUGAAUAUUACGGUUUUGAUAUCAGGUUCAGGAACAAACCUACAAGCAUUAAUUGAUGCUGAAAGUGAUGGAAAAUUGCUAAAUGGUAAAAUAACUCAAGUCAUCUCUUCAUCGAGUACUGCUUAUGGAUUAACAAGAGCUGAAAACAGCAAAAUUUCGACCAAAAUUCAUGCAUUAAAAGAUUAUUACAAAGGUAUUUCAAAGGACAAAACUGAAGAGAGAAAAGCAAAGAGAGAGCAGUUCAAUAUAGACUUGGCCAACCUUUUGAUUUACGGAUCAGUUGAUAAAUCAAAAGAGGAUACCAACUAUACCAAACCAGAUUUAAUUGUUUGUGCAGGUUGGAUGUUGAUUCUAGCCCCAGCAGUAUUGAAGCCGCUCGAGGAGGCAGGCAUCACCAUCAUAAACUUACACCCUGCGUUACCAGGCGCAUUUGACGGCACACAUGCAAUUGAGCGUUGUUGGAAAGCGGGUCAAGAUGGUGAAAUCACCGAGGGUGGAGUGAUGAUUCACAAAGUCAUCACCGAGGUUGAUCGUGGUGAGCCAAUUUUAGUCAAAAAAUUGGAAUUGAAAAAAGACGAGACCCUUGAAGAGUAUGAAGAAAGGGUACAUAAGGUGGAACAUGUAGCAAUUGUCGAAGGAACAAACAAGAUAUUGGAAGAGUUGAUAUUGAUAAAAAAGCUAGAUAAACUUGAUCUAUAG